AGAUAUCAGUGUCGAUGGCAUUCGUUCCCAGCUAUUCUUAGGAGCUUCUCAGGAGCUCCACACAGCCUGGCCAGACAGCAAGGGACAGAGCAGAGGCCACCACUGUCAGCACCAGCAUGUCUUACAGCGUGACCCUGACCGGGCCUGGGCCCUGGGGCUUUCGUCUGCAGGGGGGCAAGGACUUCAACAUGCCGCUUACUAUCUCCCGGAUCACACCGGGCAGCAAGGCGGCCCAGUCUCAGCUCAGCCAGGGUGACCUUGUGGUAGCCAUUGAUGGCGUCAACACGGACACCAUGACCCACCUAGAGGCCCAGAACAAGAUCAAGUCUGCCAGCUACAACCUGAGUCUCACGCUGCAGAAGUCAAAGCGACCCGCUCCCAUCUCCAUGGCGACACCCCCAAUUCAGUCCCCUCUGCCAGUGAUCCCCCACCAGAAGGACCCUGCUCAGGACACCAACGGCAGCCUGGUGGCGCCCAGCCCCAACCCCGAGGCGAGGGCCGGCCCGGGCACCCCAGAGGUCAGGCAGACCUUUAGCUCCUCCUUCUCCCAGACCUCCGUCUUCUCCUCACACGUGGAGGCCUCUGACCCUGGCCCUCCACGGGGCAGCCCUGGGGCCAAGACAAGCCCGGAGCGGGUCCUGGACUCACUCAGCCCAAAAGUGCCACUGGGUUCCAGCCAGCCAAGGCAAUAUAACAACCCCAUUGGCCUGUACUCGGCAGAGACCCUGAGGGAGAUGGCUCAGAUGUAUCAGAUGAGCCUCCGAGGGAAGGCCUCAGGUGCUGGACUCCCAGGAGGGAGCCUUCCUGUUAAAGACCUUGCUGUAGACAGCGCCUCUCCUGUGUAUCAGGCUGUGAUUAAGAACCAGAACAAGCCGGAAGAUGAGGCUGAUGAGUGGGCCCGCCGCUCCUCCAACCUUCAGUCUCGCUCUUUCCGCAUCCUGGCACAGAUGACAGGGACAGAAUACAUGCAAGACCCUGAUGAAGAAGCUUUGCGAAGGUCAAGACCACAGGCCUCUGCUCACAGUACCACCUCUCCUGGACCUGCUGCACAUACAUACACCGAAGCCCCAGCUGGCCCUGCACCCAAGCCUCGGGUGGUCACUACUGCCAGCAUUCGGCCUUCUGUCUACCAGCCAGUGCCUGCAUCUACCUACAGCCCACCUCCAGGGGCAAAUUAUAGUCCAACUCCCUACACCCCCUCCCCUGCCCCUGCCUAUACCCCCUCCCCUGUUCCCAUCUACUCCCCCUCCCCUGCCCCUACCUACUCCCCUUCUCCAGCACCAGCCUAUACCCCAUCACCUGCCCCAAGCUAUAACCCUGCCUCAUCUGUGGCCUAUAGUGGGGGCCCUACUGAAUCUGCCAGCCGCCCCCCUUGGACGACAGAUGACAGCUUUUCUCAGAAGUUUGCCCCUGGCAAGAGUACCACCUCCCUCAGUAAGCAGACUCUGCCUGGAGGGACCCCUGCCUACACCCAAGGUUCCCCAGUGUCCCCCCUUGCUAGGGGCACCUUCCAGAGGGCAGAGCGCUUCCCAGCCAGCAGCCGGACUCCGCUUUGUGGCCACUGCAACAAUGUCAUACGGGGCCCCUUUCUGGUAGCUAUGGGGCGCUCCUGGCACCCAGAAGAGUUCAACUGUGCCUACUGCAAGUCCUCCCUGGCAGACGUGUGCUUUGUGGAGGAGCAGAGCAACGUUUACUGCGAGCGGUGUUAUGAGCAGUUCUUUGCCCCAACCUGUGCCAAGUGCAACACCAAAAUCAUGGGGGAAGUGAUGCAUGCACUGAAACAGACGUGGCACACCACUUGCUUCAUCUGUGCAGCCUGCAAGAAGCCCUUUGGGAACAGCCUCUUCCACAUGGAAGAUGGGGAGCCCUACUGUGAGAAAGACUAUGUCAAUCUGUUCAGUACCAAGUGUCAUGGCUGCGAUUUCCCUGUGGAGGCUGGUGACAAGUUUAUUGAAGCCCUGGGGCAUACCUGGCAUGACACCUGCUUCAUUUGUGCGGUCUGCCAUGUGAAUCUGGAGGGACAGCCAUUCUACUCCAAGAAGGACAAACCCCUGUGCAAGAAGCACGCGCAUGCCGUCAACGUGUAGGGAACCUGGGCACCUGAUGUGUACAGGCAGGAGCAGCUCCUGCCUCUGGCAACGAAGGAUUCAAGAAGACUGAUGUUUCCUUUUGCAGGAAAGAGGGAAAACAGGAAGCAACCGAGCUCUUUUGAAGUAUAAUUUCAGUCCUUUCUUCUGUACACAGAUUGUGUAUUUGCAUAGUUCAGACUAGAAGCCAAAUGAAGAUUCCUAAACCAAGCUAGUAAUUAAUCCAAGACUGGAAUUAUACUUCAGACAUUUAGGACAAAAUUCCAAGAACUCAAAAGUAAAAAACAAAAAGUAACUUUCCGAAAGUGAUACACUUCCUGAGGUCUGCAGAGCAGGGACAGAGCUCAGGGCAGUUAGGGAGAAUCUGAAGCAUUCUGUGAAGUUCUUUAGAGCUGUUCUGGCAAACAAAAUAAAGUGCCAAACAGUCGGAGCUGCAGGGUAUUUUUAGAGCCAGAGCUGAGAGAUUGUUAGCUCACAUCGAUGGGGCCUUCCUCACCAAAAAAGGAAGUGUUAUUCCAUUACUAGUGUCGUGCAGCUACUUCUGAACAUUGGACUUCAGACCUUGAACAGAGUUGAACAUUCUAAAGGGAGCCCAGACAUGCAGUGAUGUCUUCUGGGAGCCAAUGGGCAAUUGACCUGGCUUCCAGGAGGCCUCUGGCUCACACUGCUGACAGCUCCCCUCCGCUUUCAUACUGAAAUAUCUAAUGUCUCAGAAGGCUUAGCUCCUUUUUGAAUUGCUACGGGAAAGUAAAGUUGGGUUUUUCCAGUUUUGCUUUGCUAUGUAUGAGAGAUUUUAAAAUGACUCUGACUUCUGUUUGGCCUUUGUUUUUUGCUUUAUGAGCAUGAAUGCCCAGUGAUGUCUUUUACUCCCAGUCCUCUGCUCACUUAUGAAAUCUCCCUCAGCACCCCUUGCCCAACAGGCUUAGUGACCUGUGGAAAAGAAAAGAGAGACAGUGUCUGACACAGGAUGGCAAAAAUAAUCUGAGAACAUGCCCAAACUCUGGGUGGGGAAGAGGAACCUUACAUUCUGCUAACCUCAGUCAAAAUGGAUGAGUUGGCAGGACCUCCCACCUUAGAUCAGCACCGAUCUUCUCAUAUGUUCCUUUAAAUAUAGCACACUGGUCAUGUACCAUUGUGUUGACUGCUGGAGGGAAAAGAUGGACUUAUACAUACUCGUUUGCCAUUUUGACCAAUAUUUUGAAAAUGUAUUAGCUGGGUUGAUGUAGCCAUUAUUUAAGUAUGUACUGAAAUAGACUUGGGUCUUCUAACUUCUUUAAAAUAUUAGUGAUAGUAUGUGUUAAGUAAGCAUUUUGAAGGUGUUUGGGGAUAAAGAGAGAAGCUUUUGUUUCUGAGGUUGGAAAUGAUAUAUAGUCUCUUUCCCUUUUAGGAAACACUGUUAUUAGCUCACUGAACAUGGCAUUGAAGUAAGCAGUUUGAGUGGAUGUUUCUCACUUGAGCACAAUACGUAGGCACUCUUCCCAUUCAUUGCUACUCUCUUCUCCCAUUUUAGAUGUUCUCUUUGAGCACUUGAAAUCUUUUAUGAGAAAGUAUUAGAACACUUUUUCUUCUGAGAACUCAGCUUCCAGGGAACUGCCAUUCUACCUGAAUCUGUCCCUUCUCCCCAAUGGAGAGGGAAGCAGCUGGAUGUGUCCCUAUCAGGAAGUCUGUGUUUCUUUCCAAGGGUAAACCCUCCAGAUGGCCCAGGGACAUAAAUGUGCUCCUAUCACAGGGCCCUAUUUAACUUGGUGCUGUGAGAAAGUGACUAUAAAGCACCAGGCAGGGUAAAAUCUGUGGGAAGUGCCUGGAGAUUUUUCAGGAGUUGCACACGAGUACCUUGGAGCAUUCUGUUAUUUUUGGAAAGUUCAAAUACAUAGGAACAAGAAGGUUGCUGACUGUACAGAAAGGCUCUAAGCAGGUUUUUUCUUUAAAAAAAACCCCACAAAACUAUUAAAUUAUCAGGGACUGGUCAUGAGGAAAGGAAAAAAAUUCCCUAGAGUUAAGUUUCCAGAAAUAUCAUUUAAAAAGGGUUUUUACACACACACACACACACACACACACUUUAAUGCUCAAGGGUGAGCAUUAAAAAGUACAUGAUUAUUAAAAAGAAGAGUGAGAUAUCUCACAGUAGAACUUCAUACUCAUUUAUUGAAUCAGUUUUUCUACAUGUCACAGCUAGUGUAGAAAGACUCUAUUAUUUACCAAAGCACACACACAUACAAAACACUUUUUAAAGGUAGCAGGGAAAAGAGGUAGUUCCGAAUAUGUUCUCUCCAUGUUUGCAACUUUGAUAUAGCAUCAGGGUUAUUAAGGUCGUAUCUAGUUUAAAUUAAAAUCAUGGAUAGCCUACAGCACUGAACACAACUUUGAGUAGUUCAUGGUGGGAAGUAUACUUUGGAUCUGUAAUUCUUGUCUCCUUAUUGUUGGUAUUUAUUUAAUCUUUAUAAACAUUAACUUUUCGCCCCCGAGUGACUUGUAUUUAUAGUGUUUGUGUUAGGAAUCUAGCUUUUAUAAUGUUAAUUUUUCAACCCAUGUACUUUUCCUUUGGGUUUUUUUUUUUAAAUUUUAAGAUUUCAGAAGUGAAAUAGUGUGUUAGAGGUGUGCAAAAAUAUUUUGCAUGUUUUUCUUUUUUUGCCCAUGUGAAUUUUACUUUUUAGC